AUGAAGCGGACACGAGACCUCGUGUACCGCCCCUACGACACCGCGAAUUCGAUCUCGCGUGAGUUUCUGUCGCUGAAGCAGAAUCGCGACGAUGUGUACUAUGUUGGACAGAAGAGAGUGUUGAAGGCUACAAGUGCGCCGAAAAAGGAAGCGCCAACCUCCGCUCCCGCUGCACUUGCCGUGCGGGAGGCCCCGGCCGCCCAGCCAGUUGUCAGCCCCCAACAAAGCCCUGUCCCCACACCCAUUUCUGCGACUCCUAUUGAAGACGCACGUGUCCAGGCAAAGGAGAUUGUUACUGCAAUUGUGUCUAUCGCGUUGAAGAAGCCGGCCAAGGGCGUUGCAUUUAACAAGUCGGUCAAGACGCUGUCGGGAGGACGCUCCACCCUUCAGAAUGAGAUCAUAGGAGAUCUGGACGCCGAGUUCGGCUCAGUACCAGAUGGUGCAGAGGAAUUACCGCUGAACGACCUUGUCUCAAUUCUCCAGAAGAGCUUCAAUGGCUCGCUGGGCAAGCGCACCAAGUCGCUCGUCGACAGGUUCUUCAGCGCGAAGAUGCCCGGUGGCUUCAAUCAGUCAAAGGCCCGCGACGCGCUGCAAGCCGGCGGAUUUGGCGCAGGUCGGCAGGACUCCAUCCUGCUGAUGGCCAUCCAAACCCCACCGGCAGCGCGUCUCGGUUCUGAAGCUGAAGCGAAUGACUUUUGGUCGGCCACCACGAAUGCUUACGUUUCUGCUGCCGGUAUCACUAUUGCCAAAGCUGCUGCUGCUGCUGCAGUCGCCCAAGCUGCAAUCUCGCCCGCUGUUGACUCCAAGGCCUUAGAUGCGCUGAACAAGCGUUCCAAUGAUUUUCAUCGUGAGAUCAGUGAGGCAUAUGCUCGCCAUCUUGGCGACAACAAUCAUGCUGCAGCUGAGGAGGUUGCGCAACUCAAGAACGACAUGCAGAGCAUGCAAAACGAGCUUGAUCUGUGGAACCUCGAGCAUGGGAACGAGUACGCCAACGGAAUCAAGCCGUACUUCGACAAGAGGAAGGUGCGAGUGUACGACUCCUUCUGGAACUGGGCUUUGCAAGACUUGUUCAAGAUCUAUCACGGAGUCCGCCAGGGCAAUUUGCGCCUCGAGUCGGAUGGGGUUGCACGGCGCCGCCACCACAUUCUCAACUGCUCCAGCAAGCGCUUGAUGAGCGUUCUGGUGCACAUGAUCGACGACAUGAAGAAGCAGUCCGCUCGCUCCAUUGUUGUCGAGCUUUGGUUCGAGGAUCUGCUCCAGGACUGCAUUGCCGCCAUGAAGCAAGCGCCUACGUAUAUUGCUGGCAAGAGAAUGACGGCUCCUCGCACCACUAUCGAUGCCAAAGGCGCUAUCCACUUCAUGGAGACAGUCGUUGCGCGUGCACGCUCGACCGCUCCUGCUCUUGCUAUCACCCCCAAAGCCAAGGAACUCGAGGCUGGCAUCAUUUGCAAGAACGGCAAAGGACCUCUGCCCACCCACACUGGCUUCGGCCUGAUGCCUCCCACGCCUUCAAUGACCCCGAGUAAAUCUCCCAAGUCUGACCUCGCUUGGCUUCUGGACUCUCCGACCACAUGUGACACCUACUACCUCACGAUCCAGCGGAAGUCAAAUGGAUCCUGGAACGAUUCGGAGGAGUUGAGCACAAAGUAUGGUGAAAUUCUCCACCGAGCCAUCUCGACUGGACUUGGCUUCCAGGGUAAGAACGUACUUGUCACUGGUGCUGGUAAGGGUUCAAUCGGUGCGAACAUUGUGCAAGGUCUCUUGUCCGGAGGCGCCAAGGUCAUCGUAACGACCAAUUCCUACACUAAGGCCACAAAAUUCUACCAGAAGAUGUUCUCGGAGUGGGGUGCUAAAAGCUCUUGCCUCAUGGUCAUCCCAUACAAUGCGGGCAGCUCCCAAGACGCAGCGGCCCUUGUGGAGUACAUCUACAGUCUUUCUGAUGCCGAAUGGGAUCUGGAUCAUGUUAUUCCUUUCGCAGCUAUCUCUGAGACUGCCAACGGCAUUGAGCUCGGACCGAAGUCUGAGUUGGCUCACCGCAUGAUGCUUACAAACACUCUUCGUCUACUUGGCGCAGUGAAGAAGGCCAAGGAAGCGCGCGGCAUCACCACCCGACCAGCUCAGGUCAUUCUGCCGCUGUCUUACAACCACGGUGUUUUCGGUGGUGACGGUCUCUACUCAGAGUCGAAGCUGGGCCUUGAGGGCCUUCUCAACAAGUGGCAUACCGAAGACUGGUCUGAAUACCUGUCUGUAUGUGGUGCUAUCAUCGGCUGGACCCGUGGCACUGGUCUGAUGAACGAUAACAACCUGGUCGCCGAGGGUGUCGAGGCACUCGGUCUCAGGACUUUCUCUCAGGAUGAAAUGGCCCUCAAUAUCAUGGGUUUGAUGACUUCGCCAGUCCUUGAAGUAACUCACAUUGAGCCACUCCUCGCUGAUCUUAGUGGUGGAAUGAGUGUGGUGCCGAACCUCAAGGAGGAGAUUGCUGCUAUUCGCAAGGAGCUAUCUGACAUCAGUUCCAGCCGACGUGCUCUUAUCAAGGAGCAGAAGGCGGAGUUCGAUAUGCCUCUUCUGGCGUCCAAGUCCACCACCCUUGCCCCCUUCAAGAAGCGUGCCAACAUCAAGUUCGACUUCCCAAGGCUCUUCGACUACAGCCCUGAGAUCGAAAAACUUUCCGCCUUGGAAGGUAUGAUCGACUUGGAGAAGGUCGUUGUCGUCGUUGGCUUUGGCGAAGUUGGACCUCAUGGCAGCUCUCGUACUCGGUGGCAGAUGGAGUCUUUUGGGCAAUUCACCCUUGAAGGCUUCAUCGAGAUGGCUUGGAUGAUGGGACUCAUCGAGUACCAGACCGGCGAAGGUCAACCCUACAGGGGCUGGAUUGAGAAAGACACCAAAAAGCCUAUCAAUGAUGACGAGAUCAAGCAGAAGUACGAAGAGUACAUACUGAAGCACAGUGGUGUGCGUGUCCUGGACGCUCGAUCCCUUGAUGGCCCCGAUCCUGCAGCGCGACAAGUCCUCCACGAGAUUGACAUUCAGCAUGACUUUGCUCCUUUCGAAGUUUCGAAAGAAACUGCCGCGGACCUCCUUCGCGAGAAUGGUAAGAAGGUCACCGUCAAGCCAAAUGCUGGUGGUGAUACCUGCAUCGUCACGCUACACAAGGGCGCCCGCCUUAUGGUGCCCAAGUCUUUGGCUUUCGACCGCACUGUUGGUGGCCAAGUCCCCACCGGUUGGUGCGCACAAACAUAUGGCAUCGCCGAUGAUAUCGUCAGCCAAGUUGACCCUACCACUCUGUAUGCCUUGGUUUGUACCGCGGAGGCUUUGUUGUCGGCUGGUGUCACUGAUCCGUAUGAAUUCUACAAGUAUAUCCAUGUCUCUCAGCUAGGUGUAUGUGUAGGCUCAGGCUUCGGAGGUACUGCAUCACUGCAAGGCAUUUACAAAGAGCGUUUCAUGGGCAAGCCGGUGCAGAACGAUGUGCUGGCCGAGUCCUUUAUCAACACUGGCAAUGCAUGGAUCAAUAUGCUGCUGCUAUCUUCCUGCGGACCCAAUAUUACACCGGUUGGCGCUUGCGCUACAGCUUUGGAGUCGCUGGAUGUUGGCGUUGAGGUCAUUGCCAGUGGUAAGGCCAAGGCUGUCUUUGUCGGCGGUUACGAUUCUCUCACUAAGGACAUCGCCUAUGAGUUCGCAAACAUGAAGGCGACUAUCAACAGUGAUGAGGAUUUUGCUCGUGGUAGGACAGCCCAGGAGAUGUCUCGUCCAGCGACCUCCACUCGCAGUGGGUUCGUUGAGUCUGAGGGUUCUGGUGUCCAGCUGCUCACCAGCGCGAAGCUCGCUAUUGAAAUGGGCUUGCCCAUCCACGGUAUCGUCGCCCUGGUUCGUACCGCAAGUGACAAAGCUGGCAGGUCACUCCCUGCUCCAGGCCGCGGUACCAUCAACUUUAGUGGCGCUUCUAAGAGCAGCUUCGAAUCCCCAUUGCUCAACAUGAGCUAUCGCAGGCGCCAGAUUGAGCUCCGGAUGUCCCAAAUCAAGGAGAACGAGCAGUCAGAGAUCGAAUGCCUCAACGAUGAGAUUGCUAGAUACAAAAUUGACUCUGUCGACUUCGACGUUGAAGCAUAUCGCCAACAUCGCUUGGAAGCAACCGCCAUCGAAAUGAAGAGGCAGCGCUCCGAUGUUCUCAACAGCUACGGGAACGAGUUCUGGAAGCGCGAUUUGAAGAUCUCACCCAUGCGCGGCGCUCUUGCUACCUGGGGUCUUACUGUUGAUGACAUUCAGGUUGCCUCGUUCCACGGCACCUCUACGAUCAAGAACGAGCUCAAUGAGUGUGGGGUCAUUCAGGAGCAAAUGACCCAGCUUGGACGAACGAAGGGCAACCCAGUCCUCGCCGUUUUCCAGAAGCACCUAACGGGCCAUCCAAAAGGCGCGGCAGCUGCGUGGAUGCUGAACGGUGCUCUCCAGAUUAUGAACACGAACAUGAUACCCGGGAACAAAAACGCUGAUAACAUCGAUAAUGCGCUCGAGCAGUUCGACCACAUUGCAUUCCCUAGCGAGACAAUCCAUACUUCUCAGGAAGUCAAGGCCGUCAUGGUCAGCUCCUUCGGCUUUGGGCAGAAAGGUGCACAAGCAAUUGUCAUUCACCCUAAGUAUCUGUUUGCUGCCUCCGGCAGGGAAGCAUAUGAAACGUACCGGGAGAAGGUCCGUAGGAGGCAGAACAAAGCCUACCACCAUUUCCAUAAGUCGAUAAUGACGAACUCUAUAUUCCAGGCUAAGGAUGACCCACCUUAUGCUAAGGAGCAGGAGACAGAGUUCCUUACCAACCCUGAUGCGAGAUUGCCGAUGGACUUGGAGCUGUAA